UUCAUAUCAAGCAGUAGCCUGUCUGACCAAGUCAGAGAAAAGUGAAAGCGGCAGUGCGCGUGUGUUGUGUAUACCUUCGUGAAUGAUAGGAUUCCUGUAGUCACUAGGAAAGGGUCCGUAUUUCUGGGUUGUAUGUUUAUGUUGACAUUCUAUCCUCAUUAAGUAAAAGUGCUUCUAGGUAUUGGAGGUGGGCCUUGGGGUGGGGCAUUUCAAAGAAGCACUUGGAUCGGGUCAAGAGAGGCGCCUACUGAGACCAGGAUAAAAACGCAGGGCAAGCAGACGAAAGAUAUUUACAUCAUAGCGAUAUUUUGUCUGAUUUCUAUACCCCACUCCUGCUGCAGCUUCCUCUUGUCUGCAGGGGUGGAGAAGAAUGAGAGAGAAUGAGCCAGAGAGAGACACUGGUGCAUCUGUUUGCUGGAGGAUGUGGGGGAACUGUUGGUGCCAUCUUGACAUGCCCUUUGGAGGUUGUAAAAACUAGACUGCAAUCCUCGUCUAUCACAUUUUACAUUCCAGCUGUUCAUCUUAGCACUGUGAAUGGAGCAACCGUCAACCGUGUAACAAGACUGUCACCUGGGCCUUUCUAUUGUUUAAAAAUGAUUUUGGAAAGAGAAGGCCCACGCUCGUUAUUCAGAGGGUUAGGACCUAAUUUAGUAGGUGUGGCUCCCUCAAGAGCAAUAUAUUUUGCUGCAUAUUCCAAUUCUAAAGAAAAACUGAACCAGAUUUUUGAGUCAGAAUCAACACAGGUUCACAUGGUGUCUGCAGGAAUUGCAGGAUUUACUGCAAUUACAGCAACCAAUCCAAUAUGGCUGGUGAAGACUCGCUUGCAACUCGAUGCCAGGAAUCGAGGAGAGAAGCGAAUGAGUGCUUUUGAGUGCAUCAGGAAAGUUUAUCACACAGAUGGAUUCAGAGGAUUUUACAAAGGAAUGACAGCAUCCUAUGCUGGCAUCUCUGAAACAGUUAUACAUUUUGUUAUUUAUGAAAGUAUUAAGCGAAAACUUCUGGAACUUAAGACUUCAUCUAACAUGGACGAUGGCGAUGAUUCUGUAAAGGAAGCUUCAGAUUUCCUUGGACUUAUGUUGGCUGCUGCAACUUCCAAAACUUGUGCUACAUCUUUAGCUUAUCCACAUGAGGUAAUUAGAACAAGGCUACGGGAAGAAGGAACAAAGUACAAGUCAUUCUUCCAGACACUUUCCUUGGUCAUCAGGGAAGAAGGAUAUUGGUCUCUGUACCGAGGGUUAACUACACAUUUGAUUAGACAGAUUCCAAACACAGCUAUAAUGAUGUCAACCUAUGAGCUGGUAGUAUAUUUACUUGACAAGUAGCAACACAUGGCCAUGGACAAGAAAAGACAGAAGACCAACAAACUAAAGAGGACCAGGAAACGACAAACAGGCCUAUGGCAUGAGGGAAAUGACACUUAGAAUUCCAGCUUUGGAGACUGAAAGCAGAAUGAAAGUGCUUGCAUAGGACCAUGGAUAUGUGCAGUAUUGUCUUCUGCUGAAAGAUAGAGAAAUGGAAAUAAAUAGUGAUUCCAUAGAGACUACUUGUUAACAACAUGUAUUAAAUUGGUAUUUCAUAUUUAUUCAAACAAUAAGUAAAAAAGAAAAUCUAGUUCUUGUAUUUUUGUACUUUCAGUUCAGUAAAAAGUAAUGUCGUUAUCAGUACCCAGAUUUUUGGGGAGAGGGAGAGAAUUAAUAGAGGCACAGAUAAUGUCUCACUGAACACCUUCAUUUGGUUAAACUGCGUUUUCAGUUUGAAUUGUAAACCACUCUGCUGUUUAUUUACCAAGAAUGAGUGUAUCCCAUACAAACAUCUUCACUUGCUUGCCUGUAUUUUUCAACAUCUAAAGGUCCAGUUUCAAGCAUUAGCGGUUUUUAUGUUACUUGCAUAAUUUUGCAGUAAUUUAUGGUAACAUCUUUUUAUGUUUGUAUUUUUUUUGUGCUGGCUUAGAAAAUGUUCGUUUUGAAGACUGUUAGUGUGGAUGUUUGAGUUUAUUUGUGGCCCAUAUAUACAGUGACGUUGCUCUCCAAUCCUCCAGUCAUGAGGACGUAACUUUCUGGAUUCUGUUUCUUUAGAUAUGUGCUCCAGUACUUGUUUUGGUGCUUUAGGAGUUCCUUCCACAACUGUGACCAAAAUACUUAUGUUGUUCAGGAGCUUGUUUGUUAAAGGGGCACUGUGACUUUAAUUCCAGAAUUAGUCUCUACAAAUAUCCUUCCUAAAUUAAGUCCUUUUAAAGUGGGUAUUUUUCCCCACUUGCCAACUUCAGAAGCAAAAUAAGCAAAACUGCCUACAUUACAAGAAUAACCAUGCCUCCCCUACUGUCAUGUCAGUGUCCACACGGUUCUUCAUAUGGGAGCUUGAUAGUGAGCUUUCUUCUACUUUUGAAGGUGACAGAAAAGCCUAAAUAAGAUCAUAUAAAAUGGCGAACAAAGGAACAAUAGUAGGAAUUGUCAGAUAAUUGCAACCUUCAAAAAACUAUGCCUUGUAAUUCUUCUACCACAGAAAAGAAAUAAUGGUGGCUGAAAAGGAAGUACAAUAGUUUUUCAACGUUAAUACCUUUUUAAGUUAGUGACAUUGGUUUCCUCAAAACCUUGUUACUGAUGAGGGAAUGUGUCCACACUCAACUAUGUUAUCAGAUAUUUUUAGGCUACAGGACCAUUUUAGCUGCAUUGCUGACACUCGACAGCAUUUAUUAGUGAAUUUGUAGUAGAUGCAGUUUGCAAGGUUUUACUGAUGGAGUUCAGUUAUUUUAAUACGUAAAACACAGAAUAAAAAAUUAGACUAUUUUGAGUCACAGUGCAGGCAGCAUAUCUAACAACUUGUAUUAUCCUAAGGUAUGAUGUGCUUGAAGGCUGUAUUUUCUGCAGUCUGCUUCUUGCCCAGUAGAAGAAAUGCUGUUCUUGUGGCAGCAUCUUUUUUUUGCAGGUGACACAUGCCAUGUGUCACAGAAAGGACUUUUUUGUAUCCAGUAAUAUCUAAGUAAAAAAGACAAAAAAAAGGGCAACAAAUAUCAUAGUGUGCUCUGCUGAUUCAAAUAUGGUUAUUUUAGAAACAGUGUCUCUCUAUCACUAAGUUCUUACCAUGGUAUGGGAGAGUGUGUUCAUUGUCAUCCUAGAAAUUGUAUGAAAUAUUACAGGCAUCUCAUUCCAUGGGUGGAUACAAUUAAAAGUAAAUGUGAGCUGCUUUCUGUGUUAAUUUGACAAACGUUUUAAUCCGUAAUCUAGAUGAUAAAUGUUAGCACUCCUGCAUAAUAACGGUUAAUGCUGUUAUUCUUAAGAAACUGUAUGGCAGCAGACACAGGAAAGUAACAUUCAACAAGCAGAGCAGUUUAAAAAGCCCAGUGGCCAGUUCGCAAAUGUCCCAGUAUCUCUAUAUUUAUUACAGUGGCUUUAAAUCUAGAAUGAUUUCUUCAUGCACUUUGUGGCCUUUAUUGGCUUGUGAAUUUAUUUCAUGUUAUGUGAUUGUGUGUUGUAUAUUUUCAGUGAUAACAUCAACAUAUCUUGCAAGGGACAGUUCCGGAAACCAGUAUAGUGCUGGAUUCUUUGUACAGACUAGAAAUUGUGUAUUUUGCUUAGUCUUGCCAUCGUAACAAUUUAAAUAGUGAAGUGUUACAACAGCUAAAUCUUGUGGAAAAUUCAAUUGAAAAUUUGUAUUACAAUUCAUUGAAACAUGCUGAACAAAAAGUG